CGCAACCUCUCGAAACCAUUCGAAACGGUCACGCCGGGGAGAUGUCGUGGCAACCGUUGCUGGACGAGUUCAAGACCUGGUAUGUGGACUCUUGAUGGCUUUGGCCACUACUUGAGGCAUUUCUUGGCCCACUAUGGGCACUUCUUCAGGGAUGGUCAAGAGACUCACUUGUUUGUCUACACGAAGCUCCAUCAGGACCGUUUGUCGAGAAUCUCGAACAAGCAGUGAAGGUCUGGUUGAAUUCGAGCCUUUCGCGAAACAGUUGGCUGCAGGGGAUGUUGCACUUCGCCCAAGAGACUGGCGAUGUGGAUGCUGCCGGCAUUGUGGAUGCGCUCACAAGGAUGCUGGAGUACCAUUCCUGGAUCGACUACAUCUUUGGAUCUUCAGCUCAAGACAGGUGCAAGAGCUCUUAAGCGAUCAGUGGUACAAGCCUGGCUGGGACAAGAUCGGUGAGAGCGAGGUGAAUUGGUCCGUGAAAGAUUGGGAGCAAUGGACCAACCAGGAGUGGGAAGCGUGGUGGUCGACCCGGAAGGAGUGGUCGGAUGAAGAGUGGGAGCAGUGGUACCAGGAGAGGACCAGAACGAUUGGAGGCGAAGCUGGUGGGACGACAAAUCCGAAGAGUGGGCCGACAAGACCUGGGGUGGCUACGGUGCAGGUUAUGCACCACCACCGCCGCCCCCCUGAGCCGGCACUGCGUGUGGGCAAAGCGCACGGCAUGCCUCGCUACCAAGUAGGUUCUGACAAAUGAAAAUAA